AUGGACAUCUACAAUAGUAGAACUCGAAAACGAAGAAUUGAUGCUAUUCUAUCAAGCAUGAACCAUGAUGAUACUCAUGACGAUAUUGAGAUCACUUCAACUUAUUUGGAUUCUAAUGCGCCAGAAUGUGAGUGCCCACAUUGCGGCGCUCUAUUCUGGCGCUGUGAGGCGGUGAAAAAACAAACAAGUAGAACUCAUCCACAAUUUAACCUUUGUUGUAAAAAUGGACUUAUCAUUCUUCCACAACUAAAAAAAGCACCUGAAAUUUUACAUUUGUUAUUGAACGAUGAUACAAGUCAAACAACUAAAAAGUUUAGAGAAAAUAUUAGAAUUUAUAAUUCCAUGUUUGCAUUUACUUCUGCUGGUGGUAAAAUUGAUUAUGAUAUUAACAAAAAACCAGGUCCAUACAUAUUUCGUAUUAGUGGACAAAACCAUCAUGUAAUUGGUUCUUUAUUACCCAUUGAAGGCGAAAGACCAAAAUUUGCUCAGCUGUAUGUUUUUGAUACUGAUAAUGAGGUUCAUAAUAGAGCAUCAUGGAUGAAUCAAAAUGAUUGUUCAAACUCUAUUGAUCAAACUAUUGUUCAAAAUCUUAUUCAAAUGUUUGAUCAUUAUAAUGAAAUUGCUAAAUCGUUUAGAAUGGUUAGAGAUAGAUUCAUAGACGUCACUCCUUUACCUAUCCGGCUCAAAUUAAUAGGUAAAAGAGAAGGCGACAACAAUCAAUAUAAUGCACCUUCUACAAGCGAAAUAGCUGGCCUUUUAGUUGGAGAUUUUGGCUAUUACGACAAGAGUAGAGAUAUUGUUGUCGAAUAUAAUACUGGAAUGCUUAAAAGAAUCAGUGCAUUACACCCAAGUUUUAUGUCUAUGCAGUUUCCAAUUUUAUUUCCUUAUGGUGAAAAUGGUUAUAGGAUCGAUAUAAAGUAUAAUAAUUUUGUUAAAAAAAAUAUAAAAAGACAAUAUGUAACAAUGCGAGAAUAUUAUUCAUAUAUGAUACAACAACGUUUUUCCGAUGAAUCUGCUUUAUUAAGAGGAGGACGAUUAUUCCAACAAUUUAUUGUAGAUGCGUUUACAUGUAUUGAACAAGAAAGAUUAGAUUUUAUCAAAAGAAAUCAAAAGACUCUUCGAUCUGAAAUAUAUAUGGGAAUACAAGAUGCUUUCUAUCGCGGUGAUAGAGACAGUAAUAGUAUAGGUAAAAGCAUAAUUCUUCCGUCUUCAUAUACAGGCAGUCCUAGAUACAUGAUGGAACAUUAUCAUGAUGCAAUGGCAAUUUGCAAAUUUUAUGGACAUCCAGAUUUAUUUAUAACAUUUACAUGCAAUCCUAAAUGGAAAGAAAUAAAACAAAUGUUAAAUCUCAUUGUUGGUCUAAAGGCAGAAGAUAGGCCAGAUAUAGUUUCUCGCGUCUUUAAAAUGAAAAUAAAUACAUUAUCUUCUGAUAUUAAGAAAGGCAAAUGUUUUGGAGAAAUUAGUGCAUUUUUAUAUACCGUAGAAUUUCAAAAAAGAGGCUUACCACACAUACAUUGUUUAAUAUGGUUAAAUUUGAAACAAAAACCUAUGAGUGUGAAUGAAAUAGAUACUUUUAUUUGUGCAGAGUUACCUGAUAAAAACACUGACCCUCUAUGCUAUAACUUAGUAACUAAAUUCAUGAUACAUGGACCAUGUGGUAACAUAAAUAUAAAGUCACCUUGCAUGCGUAAUGGAAAUUGUUCAAAAUAUUAUCCAAAAAAAUUUAAUACUGAAACUUUUAUUGACCAAAAUGGAUUUGCUACUUACAAACGAAGAAACGAUAAUAAUUUUGUUGAGAAAAAUGGUAUAAAAAUUGAUAAUCGUUUUGUUGUUCCAUAUAACAGAAAAUUAUUGAUGGACUAUGAAGCACAUCUCAAUACUGAGUUCUGUUGUUAUUCUUCAUUAGUAAAAUACCUUUUCAAAUAUAUUAGUAAAGGAUCAGAUAGAAUUCGAGCAGUUAUUGAAACAAAUAAUCCAAUAGACCAAAAUACAAAUACCAAUAAUAUUGAAAGAGAUGAAGUUAAAAGCUACUUAGAUUGUCGUUAUAUUUCUCCGUGUGAAGCUGCUUGGAGGAUUUUUGAAUUUCCAAUUCAUCAUAGAGAGCCUGCUGUUGAAAGAUUGGCAGUACAUUUGCCAAAUAAAAAUAUUGUAUAUUUCGGUGAAAAUACAAGUAUCAAUCAAUUGCUAAAUAAUAAUUAUAAUACAAAAACAAUGCUAACUGAAUGGAUGACAGCAAAUGAUUUAUUUGAAGAAGCACGUCAUCUAACAUAUAUUCAAUUUCCUACACAAUGGACAUGGGAUUCUAGAAAUAAAAUGUGGCAUAAAAGAAAAAAAGGACAUGUAAUAGGAAGAAUUGCAUUUGUACAUCCUAACUCUGGAGAACUUUAUUAUCUCCGCAUGCUUCUUAACAUUGUAAAAGGACCAAAAAACUAUGAUGAAGUCAAAACUAUUAAUGGGAUAAGAUAUGAAACAUUUCAAUCAACAUGUGUAGCUUAUGGAUUAUUAGGCGAUGAUAAAGAAUGGAUUCAAGUAAUUAAAGAAUCAAUCUUAUGGGCUACAUCUAAUCAAUUGAGGCGUUUAUUUGUCGUUCUUUUAUUGUUUUGUGAGGUUAGUGACCCUAAUAAACUGUUCAAUAUGUUCUGGAAAGAUUUUGCUGAUGACAUACAAUAUAAUAUGUCAAGAAAUUUAGGAUUGCCAAAUUUAUCAAUUUCUAAUGAACAAUUAAAGACAUAUGUACUCAUUGAAUUAGAAAAACUCAUAAAUCGUAACGGAUAUUCACUUGCAGAUUAUAAUUUGCCGUUGGUUAACAAUAUUUUAUUAAAUGAUCAGACAAAUAAAUUAGUACUUGAAGAGUUAGCUUUUGACGUUUCAGAGAUGAAAAUAAAAUAUAAUGAGAUGAUUGUCACUUUAAAUACUGAACAAAAAAUAAUAUUCAAUGAUGUUAUAGAUUCUGUUUUUUAUAAUAAAGGAAAACAAUUUUUUAUUUAUGGUCAUGGUGGCACUGGAAAAACUUAUUUAUACCAGACAAUCAUAUAUAAAUUUCGUUCAGAAAGUAAAAUAGUCAUCGUUGUUGCAUCAUCAGGAAUAGCUGCUUUGUUGUUGCCUGGGGGUCGAACUGCUCAUUCUAGAUUUAAAAUACCUAUCAACUUAAAUGAAUGUUCAACUUGUGAAAUUAAAAAAGGAACGCAGUUGGCCGAACUAAUAAAAGAAGCUGUUUUAAUAAUAUGGGAUGAAGCUCCAAUGAAUCACCGUAAUUGUUUUGAAGCGGUUGAUAGAUCAUUGCGUGAUGUUCUAUCAUCAUCUGAAUUUGAUAAAAGUCAUUUACCUUUUGGUGGGAAAACAAUUUUACUUGGAGGUGAUUUUCGACAAAUAUUGCCUGUCAUCCCACAAGGAUCAAAAGAAGAUAUACUUCAAGCUUCAUUAACCAAAUCUUUAAUUUGGAAAAAUUUUAAGGUUUAUAAAUUAAAAAAAAAUAUGAGAUUAGAUCACAAUCAAGAUGAGAAUAUAACUUCAAUUAAUAUAUCUUUUGCUGAAUGGCUACUUGCCAUUGGAGACGGUCAAAUUAUUAGUAAAAAUAUUCACAUAUUCGAUGAUGAAAAUAAUUGGAUCGAAAUACCUCGACAAUUUCUAAUUAAUUAUGAUGAUAAUCCAAUAUAUAGUAUUAUAAAUCAUGUUUACACUGAAUUUGAAAAAAAUUAUACAAAUAUAAUAUAUUUAAAAGAAAGAGCAAUUGUAUGUCCUAGAAAUGAAAUUGUAGAUAAAAUAAAUACAGCUAUGAUCGACCUUUUGCCUGAAAAUGAACAAAUUUAUUAUAGCUUUGAUAAUAUAUGUAGUAAUACUCCUAAUAAGGAAGAAUUAGAAUUACUUUAUCCGACAGAAUUUUUGAAUACCCUUAAUUUCAAUGGAUUUCCUCAACACGAAUUACAUCUAAAAAUAAAUGCCCCUAUAAUGCUGUUAAGAAAUUUAAAUCCAUCAAUAGGUCUAUGUAAUGGUACUAGAUUAAUAAUUGUUCAACUUGGAAUACGAGUAAUUGAGGCUAAAAUUAUUAAUGGUUCUUUUGCCGGAGAAAAUGUUUUCAUUCCUCGAAUUGUUUUAUCUACAACAGAAAAAAGAUGGCCGUUUACUUUAAAACGAAGACAAUUUCCUAUUAAAAUUUGUUAUUGUAUGACGAUAAACAAAAGUCAAGGACAAACUUUAAAUAAAAUUGGAAUAUAUUUAGAUAAUCCUGUAUUUACUCAUGGUCAAUUAUAUGUUGCACUUUCCAGAGUUACAAAUAAAAAUGGAAUUGGAAUUCUAAUCCACAAAAAUCAAAAAGAUGAAACUUACAAUUAUAUGAACUUUACAAAAAAUGUUGUUUAUGAUGAAAUAUUUGAACAAAUAUCUAUUUUUUGA